UAGCAUAUUCAUAAUACCAUCAAGAUGGCAAACGAGGCAAACUACAACGGGGCCAACGACCAUCUGAACCACCUUGCUAGCCCUCCAUUGGAGAAGGACUUCAGUCAUGACUACCACAACAACAACAUCGGAAACGACAUGGAUAGCGAGACUGCGUUGCAGAGAAUCCGUACAGCUGGUAGCAUCUCGAUCUCUCCUGAGCUCUUCGAGAAAAUCUAUCUCUCUCCUCAGAACAAGGUCGCUGGUGAAUUGAGAAAGACAUUUGGUAACCCUACACCACUCGCUCUGGUCGGCUUCCUUCUCAGCUUGACACCCCUGAGUUGCAUGUUGAUGGGCUGGAGAGGUGCAUCCAACACUGGCGCUGCUGAUAUUGGUGCCUACUUCUUCUUCGGUGGUUUGUUGAUGAUUCUCGGUUCUAUUGGCGAGUGGCUGAUCGGCAACACAUUCCCAUUCGUCGUCUUUGGCUCAUUCGGUGCCUUUUGGUUGACCUUCGCUGCUACUCUCCAACCAUUCUACAAUGCAUACGGCGCCUUCUCUUCAGAUGCCACCGCUCCAGGAGAAGGUCUUGCAACUGUCGAAUUCAACGCCAGUUUCGGGUUUUUCCUCGUCUUCAUGGGCAUGUUGUGUCUCUUGUACUUCAUCUGCUCGCUCCGAACCAACGUUGUCUUCGCCAUGAUCUUCUUCACCCUCGUCCUCGCCUUCGGCUGUCUGACCGGUGCUUACUGGAACCUCGCCAUCGCCUAUGGUAACCCCGCCACCUCAGCCGCUAGGGCUGCUCAUGCUGCAACUGCCACAAGGUGUCUUGUCGCUGCCGGAGCACUCACAUUCGUUACCGACAUGUGUGGGUGGUGGAUCUUCUUCGCCAUUAUGCUCGCCGCUCUCGACUUCCCCUUCCAGCUUCCCGUCGGUGAUCUCAGCACCUUCAUCAAGGGCGCCAGUGACAGGAAGAAGGCAAAGGAGGAGAAGGAGAGAUACAACGCAUAA